GCUCCUCCUGUCACUUCAGUCGUGGACCACGUCGUGUUUCCUGUGUCCGGGAGCAGCUCGGAGCUCACAGCUGGAUCUGCCCUCGGCUCGGUCACUAUGCUGCCCAGGAGAGGAGCCUCACAACCCGGCAGCUGAAGGAGCAGCAGCCAGACGAUCACACCCAUGUCCGGCAUCUGGGUGUGAAGGACCCGGGACAACAUGUCUCUGUUGCUGAUCUCCUUCCUCCUGCUCCUGCUCAUCGGGAUCGGGCUGCUAUGUGUCAUCUUCAGGUGGCUCAUAUGCACCCUGGCUGUGCGAUUCUUCCAGACAGCACUCCACGCGGAGCUAAAGAUCAAAUCAAUCGGUCUGUUUUCUCUCCAAGGAGUUAGUAUCCAGUUUCACCCCCAUCAUACUCUGGAAAUUGACAGAAUAUGGAUUUCAAGUAAACUUCUAAACCAGGAUUUGCCGAGAUACCUGGCAUUAUGUGUCGGUGAAACCAGAGUGAGGUUUGACCUGCAAGCACCACUGGGCCCUCUGGUGAAGAAGAGCCAUGGAAAAAAGUCCGGGAGGCUUUCAGUCAGCCCGACAACGCUCCGCUUCCUGUCACAACUGCUGUCGUUCCACAUCAGCUCCAUCAAUGUGAUGGUGCUGAACCUUGCACUGUCAGAGUCUCUGUGGCACAUGACUUUAACAGGCCUCACCUUGUUACUUGACCACCAGAGUAAACGGUUAGCGUGGGACUUCUCAGUCGGGCAGCUCAGCAGUAAAGUGCUUAAAAGCAGUCAACGGGACAUAUGUUUGGCUGAAGUGGCCUUGAGCCUGCUGCUGUCUGGAGAUGUGAGUCUACCAGACAUGAAGCCAGGUUUCCUGUCUCUGAAUGUGAGGACCCUCAUCGCAGAGCUGCACGAGGGACUGUUCCUAAGCCAACUCCUGCUUCCCCCAUCUCCCUCAAGGAGUGUUGACGAUGCAUCAGAGAUGGAAACUACCAAGUUCAUCCAAACUGAGGCUGUGGAGCGGGUUCAUCAGCUGAUUCCUCACACUGUCAAUUUGGAAUUUGAUAACACGAAUGUAACCCUGUCUAUGCAAAGCCAGAAAAGACACCUGAACUGGACCCUGAAGUCUCUAAAGGUUUCCUAUGGACGUGACGAUGAGCAGCUUCCUCUUAAAAGCUUCAGUCCUGAGCUGAGCUUUCCCCAGAGCAGCCUGGAGCUCGUUCUAGAGGAUGGACUUCUCCUCUCUCAGAGCCGGCAAAGAAUCCUUUGUUUGAACUCUCUGAAGACAGCCCUGCAGGUUACCUCAGUUGACAUCUCAGGGUCAUUCACAGUAAACACUUGCAUCAUCCACUACCGUCACCAGGAGUUCUCCCAUUGGCUGAAUCUAUUUCCAUGGGAACAGCUAAUUCACAGGAAAGCAGCAAACAAAAAAAGGCGCCUCCCUCACCUGGAUGCUCCUGUGAUGAUCACUUCCUCUGUGUCGAACGUUAAUGUGUCCGUUCAGCUGGGAGACACAACGCCUUUUGCCCUUGGCUUCCUGUCUGCCAGUGCAGAACUGCAACAUCUUCUCGACAUUAAAGUUGACAAAGAGAGUCUGGAGCCCCAGAAUGUUCACCAGCGUGCGUCACUGUCACUGGACAACUUCUGGUGGAGGGUGGGCCAAGGGUCUCACAUCCAACAAGCCCCCCACCCUCCUGGUAAACAUGUGUGGGGAGAGGCCCUCAUUCUAGACUCACUCAGUCUUCAGGGGAGUUUAAACCGACCCCACAUGGAUCCGGGUAGCCAGUCUCCGAGUCUGAGCGUGGAAUCCAAACUGAAAGGGCUUCAAGUGGAGCUUUCAGAGACAUGUGCACUGUGUCUGUCUCGCCUGCUGUCCCUCAUAUGUUACCCUGGUGAUGCUGGGCCACAGCUGCCAGAUGUGGCGUUAGGGACUCCCUCUACUGAUGAAACUGUCCAACGCAUCCCAUCCUCACAGCUACACCUGCUUUUUAAACUGGACUGCUGCCUGGAGGAUGUUAAUGUGUUCACAUUCUCGAAUCUGGCGGGAGCUGUGUCUUUGCGGAUGGACACUGUUGGAGUCUUGAGCACUGCAGAGAGCUCCACCGUGUCUCUACAGGACGUGAGUUUAUCUGUGGUCAAAACACUUGCAGAGAACAUGGAAACAUGUUGCCCUGCCUCGCAGACCCCCCACCCUGUGUUCAAACUCUCCACGAUAACCUUCUGCUACCACGUCACCACCCACACCUUACAGGUUCAAAGUGAAGAAGAGCUCACUGGUGAAUGGACGCCACCAGACCACAUGGUCUUAUAUCAGCACAUGACCGAAGCUCAGGCUUGUUGGCGGAUGCUCUGUGGAGAGAAGGAAGAGGACGCUGCAGUCACACCUACAGAGUCUAAAGUGGUGUCCGGCCAAAGAAGAGGACUGUGUGUGCGUGUUGAACUGGGUGUUACACGUUUGACUGCCCAUGUUAGUGAAGAGAACUACAUCCUCCUGCACACAGAGGGCCUCUCAGUCUCCAAGCAUGCAGGCUCCAUGCAAAUACGCUCACCUUCAUUGACCUUCAACUUUGAUGGCAACGACAUCGUCUUCUUUAAAGAUCUAGAUGUGGAGACACACGAAGAGCUGAAUGAGAUGCAGCUGCACAGAAAAACGUUCCCUUUCCUCAUCACUCCUCACAACCCAGUCUGGGUUCUCACGUGUCCUGCGUUGACUGUCGAGUUCCCGUACCAGUACAAUUUCUCAGACACCUUCGACAAAGCCAUCAGUGUGCAGAAGUGGUUGAAGACUCUCCAUCGCUCCCCGGGCCAGGCAUCUGCCGUCCAACAUCUUCCUCCGGACCUGGUGUUCAAAAUCAGCCAGUUCUCGUUUGUCUUCCUGGAUGACGUCUUUGAAAUCAAGCUGCGAGACAACUACGAGCUGAUGAAGGACGAGAGUAAGGAAAGUGCAAAGCGUCUGCAUCUUCUAGAUAAGAAGGUGGCAGAUCUUCGCAAGCAGCAUGGAGAACUUCUGCCUGCCCGAAAAAUAGAAGAGCUGUAUAGUUCACUGGAGAAAAAGCACAUCGAGAUCUACAUCCAGCGCUCACGCCGCCUCUACGCAAACACACCCAUGAGGAAGUCCCUGCUGACGUGGACUGUGUCAGACUUGGAGCUGGUUGCCCUGGCUGAUGAGUCUCUUCAUGGACCUGAAAGGGUGAGAGAGCAACUGAGGGACAUUGAUAAGAUCAGUCCCUUCCCCAGAGAAGGACUCCCCCUGGUGGUCCAGUGGUGCCGUGCAAUCAAGUUUAAACUGACAGCAUAUUUGGUGAGGAUUCGAGACUUCCCUCGCUACCUGUUUGAGAUCCGGGACUGGGAGCUCUCAGGGCGUCUGAUCGGGACAGAGCAGGACGGACAGGCGAGAGCUCGUCGCAAAGAGAUUGUCCCACUCGGUCAACCAUGGGGAGAUGUAACAGUCCAAAGGAAUAUGCCACCACUCAAGUUCUACUAUGAUUUCAAAUCAAACAUCUCUCUCUACACGAUCGUAUGGGGGCCAUGUUGGGACCCGGCUUGGACUUUGAUCGGCCAGUCAGUCGACCUCCUGACCAAACCCACAGCCGAUCCCUCGCCACCCUUGGCUUGGUGGGACAAAAGUCGUCUCCUGAUGCACGGACACUGGGAAAUGGACAUUGAUCAGGCGAAUCUUCACCAACUGGCGACAGAGGACCCUUACAACACAACAGAAAACUUGCACUGGGAAUGGAAUAAGGUCAACUAUGACUGGAACCCUGGACAGUUUGUUUUUAAAGGAGACUUGGAUGUGAAUGUCAGGACAGCAUCAAAGUAUGAUGACAUUUGUUUUCUACGUCUACCCAACCUGUGUAUGACCCUUGACCUCCAAUGGCUUUGUCAUGGAAACCCCCAUGACCACCACGGUGUAAUGGUCUGCUGUGCCGAUAAUGUUGCAGACGUGACCUCAGGACAAGCUCAUGACUCCUACAGAGCCCUUCGCUCUGAAAACCUCAACCUCUCAAUCACCAUGGACCUUAACCAGCACUGUGGCACAGAACCGUGUCAGCCCAGAAUCCUGCUGUACAGCAGCACUCUGCGCUGGAUGCAGAACUUCUGGGCCACCUGGACCGGUGUAUCCCGACCAAUCUGCAGAGGGAAGCUCUUCCACAGUCUUAGGCCGAUCCGAAAGAAGCUUGGGCAGCACUACAAACAGAUGUCCUACACAGCCGCCUUCCCACAACUACAAGUGCAUUACUGGGCAUCCUUUGCUCAGCAGAGAGGAAUUCAGGUGGAAUGUAGCAAAGGCCAUGUCUUCACUCGAGGGGCACAGAGACUUAUUCCUCAAGCCGGCACUGUGAUGAGGAGGCUGAUCUCUGAAUGGAAUGUGACUCAGAUGGUCAGUGAGCUCUCAAACAUGACGGUUCACCUGAUGGCCUCCACCUGGGAUGAGACGGCCGACCACCAGAUCAACGCCCAGGUGAAGAAAACUCACCUGUUCAGCCUGUCGUCCCUGAGCUACCAGCGACAGAGCAACCGCAUGGAGGAGGAGGUGAACCAGAAGGAUGAGACAAAUAAUUCGUACGCUCACAAACUGCGGCUGGUCGACCUCCGUGCUUCGUGGACGACCACCAACAGGAACAUAGCGUUUGCCCUGUACGACGGUUACAAAAAGGCAUCUGUGCUGAAGAGAAAUCUCUCCACUGAGGCUUUGAAGGGUCUAAGGAUUGACACACAGCUACAGACCAAAAAACUCAAACGCACUCCUUCCAACUACUCUCCCACCACAGCUCCCACAACACCAGUUACGCCCACAGUCGCUCGGGCAGAGAAGACUCAAAAUGAAGGAACAUCGAUGCUCCAGAAGCUCAUCGAGGAAACCGAUAAGUUUGUGGUGUUUUCAGAGGAGGACUCGGGUGUCAGCGACCAACUGUGUGGCAUCGCAGCCUGUCAGACCGACGACGUCUACAACCGCAACUGGUUCAUUGAAUUAGUCAACUGUCAGAUGAUGAUGCGAGGCACAGAGACAGCCGGCUGUGUCUUGGUGUCUGCAGCAAAAGCUCAGCUUCUACAGUGUGAGCACCAUCCUGCCUGGUACAAUGACACCCUGAAGCAGAAGACCACCUGGACCUGUCUGCUGGACGGCAUGCAGUACUUUGCCACCAUGGAGCCAAACCCAUCCGAGCAAGAGGACAGGCAGCUGUGGCUGGAGGUGAAAAACAUCGAGGAACACCGGCAGCGUAACCUGGACUCGGUGUUGGAGCUGAUGGAGAGUGGCCAGGCUGUGGGAGGAAUGGUUUGCACCACCACAGAUUGGAACCAGCCGGCUCAAGUGAAUGAAGCUCAGCAGGUUCAGCGCAUCAUCUCUCGCUGUAGCUGCCGGAUGCACUACAUCAGCUACAGUCACGACAUCAACCCGGAGCUGGCCACGCAGAUCAAACCACCAGAGCUGGGGAAUAACCAUGAGAAAGAGGACCUGCUAAAAAAACAGGCUGGGGCUGUGGACACCUUCACCCUCAUUCACCAUGAUCUUGAGAUAUCCACUAACCCUGUUCAGUACGCUAUGAUCCUGGACAUUGUCAACAACCUGUUGUUACACGUGGAGCCAAGACGCAAAGAGCACAGUGAGAAAAAGCAGCGAGUCCGUUUCCAGCUGGAAAUUUCGAGUAACCCAGAGGAGCAGCGCAGCAGCAUUCUGCAUCUCCAGGAGGCGGUGAGGCAGCAUCUCGCUCAGAUCCGACGCCUUGAGAAGCAGAUUUACUCCAACAUCAGGGCACAACCCGAGGAGCUGAGCGGUGAUGAACUGAUGGAGAUCAACACCCGACUACAGAACCAGCUCAACCAGGAGAAGAAUGACAUGCAGAUGAAGAGUGAAGAGCUCAACAUUCUUAUCAGGUGUUUUAAGGACUUCCAGCUGCAACGUGCAAACAAGCUGGAGCUGCGUAAGCCCCCAGAGGAUGUGAGUGUGGUGAGGAGAACCGAGUUCUACUUUGCUCAGGCCCGCUGGUGUUUGACUGAAGAGGACGGGCAGCUUGGUAUCGCUGAGCUGGAGCUGCAGAGAUUCAUGUACAGCAAGCUAAACAAGUCUGAUGACACGGCCGAGCAUCUUUUGGAGCUUGGGUGGUUCACAAUGAACAACCUGUUGCCCAAUGCAGCAUACAAGGUCGUGCUUCGUCCUCAGAGUAACUGUCAGUCAGGACGCCAGUUUGCCCUGCGUAUCUUCAGUAAAGUGCGCCCCCCAGUGGGUGGAAUCUCAGUGAAGGAACAUUUUGAGGUGAAUGUGGUGCCGCUCACCAUCCAGCUGAUGUACCAGUUCUUCAAAAGAAUGAUGGGAUUUUUCUUCCCUGGAAGAAAUGUAGAGGAGGAGGAGGUCACCGAUGAGGAAGACAAAUUCAGAUUGGUUACAACUGGUAUCACUGUCAAGGCUCGACAGUCGUCAGAGGACACCAUGGGCGCCAUGGGCCCCAGCAAAGGUGUCACCCAGGGACUGAACCGCUCUGCUGGGGUCAGGAGGUCAUUCAGGAAACCUCCAGAGCACCCUGUUGAUGACAUUGACAAAAUGAAGGAGCGAGCUGCUAUGAACAACUCCUUCAUCUACGUCAAGAUUCCACAAGUGCCCCUCUGUGUCAGCUACAAGGGAGAAAAGAGCAGCGUUGACUGGAAGGACCUGAACCUGGUUCUGCCUUGUUUGGAGUAUCACAACAACACCUGGACGUGGCUCGACUUUGCCAUGGCUGUGAAAAGAGACAGCCGCAAAGCUCUUGUAGCACAGAUGAUAAAAGAGAAGCUGCGUUUGAAGCCGGCCGCGGGCUCGGACCAGCGGGGGAAAGCGUCUGAGGGGAAGUCAGACAACAGCCUGCAGCAGCAGGAGGAGGACGAGAAGGCGCGGCUCCUCAUCGGCCUCAGCGCUGGAGACAAGAGCUCCAGUAAAAAGAGUAUCUUCAGUCGACGCAAGUGAACCAACAAACACUCCACACGUUUCACACCGAGCCUGAGCUCAACUGGACGAGCCACCACGGAUCCUCAGUGCAGGGGCCAGGUGUAAAAACCGACCUGGUUAGGGUCAGAAUAUCAGCCCGUCUCUUUGAAUCACAAGGAAAAGGGAGUGGAGCAUUUCAAACUGUUAUUGAGAAUAGUUUACUGUAUCAUAUGAGCCUGCUGAAGUUAAAGACUUUUAUUUUUCACUCCUGAGAUUUGAAUUUAUGCCCAAAAUCCCUGAAAGGGAACUCAGCACCAGGAGUAACACGGUGCCAUUUUGACCAAAUAUAUUAUCUUAUCUUCUUUAUUUGUGCUCCAUCGAAAGUCUCUGCAUUUCAAACACUCUGCAACUUUGAAACUAGUGACCCCUCAGUUUGCAGUGAAUGUAGCGGGGGAAGAUCUACAGUGUGUAAGUAGCACUUCACUGUUACUGCUCCUCUGCUUCUGUAAUACUGAGAGCAACUGGUCCUGCUGGUUCAGGAACUGACGCUAGCUCACGUCUGGGGGAGUAACUAGGACUCUACUGAAAGCACCUUCAUCGCUGUCAGCUGUAAAACUUAGACCUGAAAUGUCAUAAAUAAAUAUAUAAAUAUGUUUUAAUAAAGCUUAUAGAGGUUGCUCGAGGCUGAAUGACUGUCUCAGACACGAAGGCCUUUUCCCAUCGAAGAAACCCCCUCAGCUCGCUGUCUGACUGUAACCUCAUCUCAGUGCAAUACAUCCGAACAGCAGCUGAAACGUUUUCCUGUCGUACCGCGCGGUGCUCAGUGUGAUGGUUUCGUGGCAAACAGAAAUAUGCUGCCGCUAAUCGCUGAGUGUAUGUUUUUGUAAUUUUGUCACUAAAGCACUUUUUAUGCAAAGUAUUUUGAUAUUUUUGUAAUUAUGGUUGUUUUGCGUUAAAUUACUUGUCUAACUGCGCUGCUAAGCUUUGUUUAUUUCACUCACAUUUCUAUUAAGAAGAAGAAAAUAUGCGCUAAACAUUUCAAUGAAAAAAGGAGGAUAUCACAUGUUUCUAUCGGCUCUGUGGCUUAUUGUUUCUCUGUCAAUAAAAGUGUUCUAGUCUCUCA